AGACCUGAUCGUGACUUCUUCGGAGAUCUACCUUGAGAACUUUUUUGUCGAAGCAAACACUUAUACGUACAGAGCACAAACUUGGUUACCCCUGUUAUUAAACUACACAACUCAUGAAGAUGUCAUUGGCAAUAUUUCUUCUGCUUCCUUGCGUAUUCAGUGCAAGGACGCGAAUGGUACCUCCUGGAUACGAAGUACUGAAUUCCAGGACCGCAGAGAGCGAAACUCACCUUAAAGUACUCACAGUGAAUGGAAAAGAAUGUAAAUUCCCCUUCCGUUACGGUGGAAUUGUUUAUCAUAGAUGCAUCCGGAACCGUUCUUCAAAGCCAUGGUGUGCUACCACAUAUAACUUUGACCGGGAUCUUCUCUGGGACUACUGUUUGCCAGAGACCACUGAUACAAGGGUGUCUUUGUUCUCAGAAAACAAUGUCACAGACUUGUGUGCGGACAAGCCAUGCCACAAUGGUGGUCUCUGCACCAACAUUCCUCACUCACGUUCCUUUGAGUGUACCUGCCGAGAGGGUUUCACAGGGAAGCUAUGCACACAGGAACAGUGUUAUGAGGAAGUUCACAUGAAAUAUUAUGACAUUGGAGAAUCCUGGGGAAGAAUACACCGUCGGAAUGUGGAACAGUGCACAUGCGACAAUGGAGAAAUCCUCUGUGAACGUGUUCGAUACACAGCCUGCAUCUUGAACCCCUGUCAGAAUGACGGAACCUGCAGACUGAUCAUAUCCACAGGGGAGGCGGUGUGCGCCUGCAGGCCUGGCUUUGCUGGACAGCACUGCAGCAUUACCCCAGAGGCAGAGUGCUACGAGAACAAUGGCACAGAGUAUCGCGGCACGGCCAAUGUAACCAUAUCCGGCGCCCGCUGCCUACCCUGGAAUUCGGACCUGUUGAAUGACGAGCUGCAUGUGGACAAUGUGGAGAACGCCGCCCUUCUGGGCCUAGGGGAGCAUGCUUUCUGCAGGAACCCUGAUGACGAUGAGAUGCCAUGGUGUUACAUAAUGAAGGAGACUGAGAUCUCCUGGGAGUACUGUGACAUUUCCCCAUGCAGAGUGGCUUUGACGCUGUCGCGGCGUGUGAUGAGCUCGGACGGCCCGCCCCCCUCGGAGCCGGAAAAGCCGAGCCGCGCGCCCGUCUGCGGGAAGAGGCACUCCAAGAGGAUGCCCAGGGCACGCAUACUGGGCGGACACUCCGCCCUGCCGGGCCUCCACCCCUGGGUGGCGGCGCUGUACAUCGGGGAGUCCUUCUGCGCGGGGAGUCUCAUCGCCUCCUGCUGGGUGGUGUCUGCCGCGCACUGCUUCGCAGGCAGCCCCCUUGUGUCCAGUGUGCGUGUUGUCUUGGGUCAGCAUCACUUCAAUGACACGGGUCCGAAUGCCAAAUCCUAUAGGAUUGAGAAGUACAUCUUUCCUGAUCAGUUUUCAGUGUACAAUCCCACACUCCAUGACAUUGUCCUUAUCAAACUGAAGAAGGAAAAUGGAAGAUGUGCCAAAAGAAGUCAGUUUGUACAGCCCAUCUGCCUGCCUGGAAAAGAUAUAACUUUCCCUGACUAUCACUGCUGCCAGAUCACAGGAUGGGGUCACAUGUAUGAGAAGGCUAACGCAUAUGCAAAGCACUUGAUGGAGGCCACCGUUCACAUCAUACCCAUUGAGCAGUGCACCAGGCCGGACGUGUACGGCCAAGAGGUCACAGCCAACAUGCUGUGUGCUGGGAGCCACCGCUGUAUAGAUGCCUGUCAGGGAGACUCUGGGGGCCCCCUGGAUUGUGUGAAGAACGGGGUUCACUUCCUGUAUGGGAUCAUCAGCUGGGGAGAUGGCUGUGGAAGGAACAAGAAGCCUGGAGUCUACACCAGGGUCUCCAACUAUGUGGACUGGAUCAACCGCAUCAUCAAGCCCAAGUCUUAAUGCAGCUGCAACAACCCAUUGUGUUGAUACAUAUCUAUAUUACCCAUGUGCUGUUGUGACUAUAGUCUGCGUAGAAGCAGACAUGCAGCCAUUGGACAUGAGGAGCAGCUUGGAAUAUCAUCUGCACCUUCGUAUCACCUGGAUUUAAUUGUAAAGAAGGCAUCAUGCACUCAUUAUGCUUUAAUGUAGCACCACCCCAGUGAAU